AGCAAGGGUAGUAGCCAUUGAACAGAAUACUAAAAAAAAUCCCUAAAACUCAAAAAGCCGAAGCAGCUGAUUUCGCUACCGCUACUGCUAUUGCUUCUGCUUUGGUGCAGUUCACCAGGGUUUCUUUUGACCCCCCCAAAAAAAACACACACACGAUGUCUCGCGUGUACGUGGGUAACCUAGACCCACGAGUUUCGGAGCGGGAUCUUGAAGAUGAGUUUCGUGUCUUUGGAGUUAUUCGGAGUGUAUGGGUUGCUCGGAGGCCUCCAGGUUAUGCUUUCAUUGACUUUGAUGAUCACAGAGAUGCUGAGGAUGCCAUUCGUGAAUUAGAUGGCAAGAAUGGCUGGAGAGUUGAGCUUUCUCAUAACUCUAGAGGCAGAGGUGGACGUGGAGGCGGAGGUGGCGGUGGUGGCGGUGGCGGUCGUGGACGCUCUGGUGGUUCUGAUUUGAAGUGCUAUGAAUGUGGUGAGCCUGGUCAUUUUGCUCGAGAAUGCCGCACACGUGGUGGUUCUGGAAGACGUCGCAGCCGCAGCCCUAGAUAUCGUAGGAGCCCAAGCUAUGGUCGCAGAAGCUACAGUCCUCGUGGACGGUCCCCAAGACGCCGCAGUCUCUCUCCGCGUGGGCGUAACUACAGCAAGUCUCCCCAAUACCGCGGUCGCGAGGAAGUGCCAUAUGCUAAUGGAAAUGGUGUAAGGGACCGCCAUCGCAGCAGGAGCUAAGUACCACAAGGAUGUAGCUUUUAUGUGAGGAGACUGAGAUCAAGAAUGUUUAGUUUGUUUGGACUUCAGUGCUACUGUUUUUAAUUGGGCAACGCCCUCAGCCUCUUGGAUUUGGAUAAGUUUUUUCCGUUUUUCUACAUUCUACGUUGGUUUUCUUUGCUUUAUAUAUGCUAUAUAGUCCUUUCUGUUAGGAAAGAAGAAGCUUAAGAUGAUGUCUAUAAAUUUUGUUGAGAAAUCAUUCCAAGAACUCUGCUAAAAA